GGUCGAGGUUGCCGACGCUAUGAUGGCAUAUUUGGAAACUGUCGACAAUAGAUAUUACUUAGUCGGAACUCCCCCGGACAUCCUCUACGCUGCAUCAGGCGGUGCGUAUGACUAUUUCUACCUGGAAGGAGUACCCUAUGCGUACACGUAUGAAUUACGACCACAGAGUGGAACCAGCAAUGGCUUCGUUAUCAGCCCUUCAAACAUCCCAACUGCUGCAGAAGAACUGUUUAUCUCAUUGUGGGCGUUCGCAACCUACGACAAUUUGAACUACGAUUAAACCAAAGACAAAACUGCAGAAGCUGCGCAACAUCAAGAAACAUCCCUAGAAACUGGUCUUAUGUUGUUAUUAAAUCUUCAUUUAUAAAUAAAAAAUGCCUUGAAGUGUUA